AUGAAGAGGAGGCUACGAGAUACCGAGAACAAUGGCGAAAAGCUGGACAUAAUACAUGGGGUGGAUAUGACCACGGGUGAGCAUGGGAAGGAGUACAAGGCGGCGUUCAAGACGGAGACAGGGGACGAGGACAGGUUUGUGGUGGAGCUGCAGUAUCCAAGCACGUCUCCACGCGAACGCUUCGAAACAGUAAUACCCCGCGACCCAACGGGAUAUGACCCGAUCAAGGACAUCGAAUACACUAUCGACGAAAUAUGCCUUACCUACCUGCCUGAGGCGCAGUCUCUCGUCUUUCGGGACGAUGACUCCGGCGUAGUACGCCUCCUGAAGCGUGCUGUGGCCAAGAAGUCGCCCUCGGAUUACUGCAAAGCUCUCGAUAAUUUCAACGCCCACAUCCGCGCCUCGCUCGCCGACUCCACCAUAUCCAAAACCCUCGAUAGCAAGCAUGCCCUGCCGCCGUCCCUGGUCAAGCACAUCUUCAGUCAAGUCUACCAGCGCAUCGUCUCCCCUCACGCUCACCGCCUUAAGAAAGUAAAAGAUAAGGCGACCACCUAUGGCGAACUUAUGCCCUCAUUCGUGAACACCAUUUUCAGACAAACCCACCUCAAUUCCUCCUCCAUCUUUGUCGAUCUCGGCUCUGGUGUGGGCAAUGUAGUAAUCCAGGCUGCGCUCCAAACCGGCGCGCAGAGCUGGGGCAUUGAGAUCCUAGACACGCCCGCCAAGUUUGCCUCAGAGCAGGCGAAAGAGCUCCAGGCACGCGCAAGGCUAUGGGGCCUCUCCAUCGGCCCAAUCCACUUACUCCACGGCAGUUUUCUCGAAUCUCCGGAGAUUGAUGACGUGCUGCGCGUUGCAGACGUCGUGCUAGUCAACAACAAAGUCUUCGGCGAGAGGCUCAACGGCGAGCUUCUCUUCAAGUUCCUCGACUUGAAAGACGGUGCGCAGGUGAUUAGCCUAGAAUCCUUCGGUGCAGGCCGACAAGGCGCCUGGAACCAGCAGCAAAACGCGGCCAGACUGUUCCGGGAGAAGCGGUACGAGAGCGGAACGGACGCGGUGUCUUGGGACGGCCAGAGCGUGGACUACUUCAUCGCCACGAAGGAUGAGCAUCAUGUGAAAGAAGAAGAUCUGUAA